UCUUCCAGGUUCCUGACUGCCCCGCCGCCUCCCAGUCCCGCCGGCCGCGCCGCUCCUCUCUUCGCCCCCUUCGACUCCGCCUCCGUCCGCCCACACAUUCCGCGCCAUCCUCACUGCCCGCGUCUCCUCGGCUUUCUGCCUCCGCCGUGCUCGCCGCUCGCCUAUUAGGCCACCGCCUCCAACAGUCCCCACGGUCGGUCGAUUUCGGUAGCCCAGAAGCCGAACAGCUCGUCGGCCAGAAGCCUAACAGCUCGUGUAGCGAGGUAUCAUCUACGCUGCGUGUCCAGGACGAUGGUUGGGCUCUCGGAAGGGGAGAAGCACUUCAUCCGCGGCGGCAUCGCGCAGGACAUUCGCACCGACGGCCGUAGGCGGCUGCAGUUCCGGGCCCUCUCCGUCGAGACCGGAGUCAUCCCACAGGCGAAUGGUUCAGCGCGUGUUAGAUUGGGUGCCACUGAAAUCAUCGCUAGUGUCAAGGCUGAAUUGGGGAAACCAAGCAUUCUUCACCCUGACAAAGGAAAGGUUUCCAUUUUUGUUGACUGUAGUCCUACUGCUGAGCCUACAUUUGAGGGUAGAGGUUCCGAAGAAUUGUCUGCUGAGCUCUCUGUUGCCCUGCAAAGAUGCUUGCUAGGUGGUAAAAGUGGUGCAGGUGCUGCAAUUGAUCUAUCAUCCCUAAUUGUUGUGGAGGGAAAGGUCUGUUGGGAUCUGUACAUUGAUGGACUUGUGGUCAGUUCUGAUGGUAAUUUACUGGAUGCGCUAGCUACUGCAAUAAAGGUUGCUUUGAGUGAUACAGGUUUACCAAAAGUUAAUGUUUCUCUUAGUGCUGCAUCGGACGAGGAACCAGAGGUUGAUGUAAGUGAUGAGGAAUUUCUUCAAUUCGACACAUCCAGUGUGCCUGUUAUCAUUACAUUAACCAAGGUGGGUCGGCACUACAUUGUUGACGCUACCUCAGAGGAAGAAUCCCAGAUGAGUUCUGCAGUGUCGGUAUCAGUCAAUAGGAAUGGCCAAAUAUGCGGGCUAACCAAGAGGGGCGGUGCAGGGCUGGACCCAAGCGUCAUCUUCGAUAUGAUAUCAGUUGCCAGGCAUGCGAGCCAGCAGUUCAUAGCUCUCGUGGACUCGCAGAUAGCUGCUGCUGAAGCUGAUGAGUGAAGAAACAAAAUGAAGAGCGGGGAGGAGGUUCCAAUACAAAUGUGCUCAAUCUUAGGGGCUGCUUAGAAGAGAAUGAUUGUUGUUGGAAUGUUUAGGAUUUGGUUCAAGUAUAUGCCAGUGAAUCCUUAGGAUUUGGAUCCAAAAUACCUUUACAAACAGUAGCAUGUUGCCUGGGUGCUUAGAAGAAACAGCAACUGAUUUGCAAAGUUUUGGUGAUGUGGAGGAUAUUCCAGGCCAUAUGUGCAUAAUGUAUGCUAUUACUGUGUUGCUGAUC